AUGGCUAAAAAUUGGGAACCGCCACCGAACCGCAAAAUCGGUUUCGGUAACGCCGUUGUAAAAGAGAGGAAGGCAGUGGCUGCCAUGGGUGAGAGAAUACCAGAUCUGCGCGGUGGCAGAGAGAGCGGCGGCGAAUCAACCUUCACGCAAACCAAUAUCCUCCUCGCGAUGAAGCUCGCCGGCGUCGAGGUAGAGGAGUAUGGUGUAUGGGCAGUGGGAAGAGGGGGAGAAGAGGGAGAGAGAUCGAUACAGCGAGAAAGAGUAGAGGAAGAAGACGACUUGUGA